AUGAAACUCAGGGGCUCCGAAAGUUUGUUCUUUAGCCGUUUAGUGGAAAGCACACAGAUAAUGGUUUCAAUGAAACAGAUGAAGGUUACAUUAGUGUUCGGCUUACUGGCUCUCGUAUUUGUGGGCCAAACCGAGGCGCAAAGUCCCAUUUGGGAGAAUUGGCUGUCAUGCAGCAAAAUCGGUGCUAAAGCGGUUGCCAGUCUACUGAGAGAAACAAUCCCAACUGUUCGCACUCUGCUGAACUGUGUUGACUUCGACCCACCAGCCAAUAUUGGAAAUGGUUACCUUGCCAAACUUAAGUUAUACUAUGAGCUUCUGAGGCGAGGUGCGUUUGAAAAGUCCCAGUGCUUGCUUUCGCCACUAAAGCAUUCCGUGAGACUACUGAAGCCUUAUGUAAAAUCGCUUGAAACCAACAAUUGCUUGGGUCAAUAAAUACUGUUUUGGCCACAAGAAAAUAAACUUUCCUGCUUUAAGAGAGCACAGAAAUCAAGAAAA